AUGUGUUUUAUAAAUAAUAAAGAUGUGUUUUCAGUCAAACGGAGAAAAAGUGAGAGAAUAAAAGGAAAAUGGCUUUCAAGGGUACCCGGAAACCCACCGGACAAGCCAAUAAUACUGGAUGAAUCAGACACAGAAGAAGGAUCACCUUUACAGGUACGGUUAGUUGUGGCAGUUAAGGUUGAGCGUGUUAAAAAACAUAAAGAAACAAUAGACAACAAAGUAUCGUCCACACAACAACCGCCUGCCGGUACCCUUCUGUCUGACAUUGCACAUCUCUUUCCGAACGUAAUGGAUAAAAAUGUCGUAUUACAGUCGGAACCAAACGAAAAAAGUGAAAUUCCCAUAUCCGACACAAUCAAAAAGGGAAACAAUACCGGUAAGAAGAGGAAGCACAAAAAGGCUGGAAUCAUACCGGAUGAAAAGAAAGCUGCGAAUGUACAAACAGUUAAGCCGAUUAAAGAAGUAGCACACGGUACGACAAUAGACGAUUCUGAUGAUGAUUUUGACAACCCACCUUGGAAAAAAACAAGGUCAGGUGCGGGUCCACAAGUUGUUGAGAAAACACAACAACCCGCAGAUGCUACAUCAAUCAAAGACUCUAAAACACGCAAGAAGCGACAACCGGUAAAGAAUUACAUACCACUUGCUGAUGGGAAACUAACUUUGCGAUUGGCUCUUAAGCACAUGGGGGAGUUAGUGGAAUCUUUGAACGAAAAUCAACGGGGGGUUGUCCGAAACAUAGGUUUCGGGUCAAUACUUAGCUUUCGAAUGGGUCAGAUUCCCUCAAGUCUGAGUUGGUGGUUGGUAAAUAAUUACGACACUAAAACACGGGUCUUGAAUUGCGGUAGCCACCACAUUCAAAUAACAGAGGAAUUGGUGCACGAUGUGUUCGGAGUACCGAGAGGGAAUGAAGAAAUAAAGGAAGUCGGGGGAGCAAGGGCUGAUUUCCACGAGGUUGUGGCAGAAUGGAAAGGACAAUUCGAAAGUGAUCAUGCACGCUUGACGCCUGUUCAAUUCAAAACAUACAUAAAGGGGCAACAACCUAGCGGACGGAUCUUUGUGUUGAACUUUUUGUUGUUCUACAACACACUUCUGGGAGAGACAACUACGAAUUCAUCAAUUAAUAUGAAGUUUUUACCAGCCUUGCAUCGAGGGAAGGAUAUCAAAAGUUUUAACUGGUGUGAGUACAUGAUCAGAUGUCUGGAUCGAACGGUGGAAGCAUGGACACCAAAGGAGCCCUUCCUUGGACCAAUGCCAUUGCUAGUGGCUGCGUUGAUACGUGACCAGAAGAUAUACAAAGAAGGUGAACAAAGAGCAACGCAUCUCAUCGAAGAUAUCAAUGAUGACGAUAUCGAGGCAGUAAGCAUAAAGUUGGACUCGGUCAGAUUAGAUCAAAUCUUAGUGGAAGAGUAUGAGUUGCAACCGGAACAAAGGUAUCCAUUUGCAAAAAAGAGUGAUGAUGACAUCGAAGCAGAAGUAGUGAAAACAAAGCAAAAAGAUGAACCCAAGGCUGAAAAACACAUUACCAAAUGUGUUCCGGAAAAAAGGAAAAAAUCUGUUGUGAAGCCGGCCGGUAAAACACAUGGUAAACCUCCGGUCUCACCGGUACCGAAAAAAAAACAGACUGAAAGGCAACUGCCGAAAGCCGGAGAAGCUGGGAAGAAGAAAAUUUGUAAUGAAAGUGGCCCGGAAAAUGCGCGUGUUGUAGAUGAAAUCCCGGUUAAUGCGGGUUUCCAUACCGAUUUCGCAGAUUGCAUGAAUGAAGAAGCUGGCCAGGAACGAGUGCCUUUUAUAGAUACAUCUGAUAUAGAAAGAUACUACCGAGAAACCGGCGAGUGGGGACAAACACAACAAAGUCAGCCGGGAAUUAGCUCAUCUAUGGCAUCUCAAUAUGGAUCGACACCAGCGACACAAAGCGACGAGGUACAUGCGGGAAUGUUGGAGGUGUUCUUGAAUCAAUUCGACGAAUGUGUAAAAAGGAUAACCGACACUUUUACAGAAGGUUUCCAAUUGUACCCCAAACCACAAACUCCUGAUGAUAAAACACCGGAAAAAGAGGCAAAUAAGGAGAAUUUGGAUAUGUUACAGUUGUCGCAGUGGACACCUUCAUUGGCAGAAGAGGUAUGCAAGACGGUUGACAAGACAACCACACAGACGACUCGGCUUGCAGUAAUUGAGCCGCCCGCACAGAAGACUCAGGUUGAAGAAAUGGAGAAGACCGCACUCGCCGUCACACCAAUCUCUCAGAAAACACAGGAGGAGUACGAAUAUACGAUUAGACGUGGGCAGCUUAUACACGAUCUGGACCUUGGAAAGCCGAAAAUAAGACCGGAAAGACAAACAGAGUUGACCGAUGCUCUAAGGUCUCCUUACGUGAAGCGGGCAGUGUCGAUUAAGGCAAAGCUUGAAAACGCUGAGCUCUCCGUCAGCUCAUACAUGUUCUCAGCCUGGGGAUCAAUGUGGGAUGUUGUCUUUAGAACUAAGAAAGGAGUGCCGGUGAUGAGAUCUCCGCUCGAAUCAUUAUUGCCGGGAAUCGAGGUGCACAUAUUGGUAAUAAGCGCGUGGGCGGAUUUGUUGAAUUACGAAGAAAAAUUCAAGCUAAAGGGGAGCAUCGCACGCCUGUUCUGUUCAGUAAAUAUGUUGAAUGAAGACGACUACAUUAAAAAUGCAAAAUCAAGAGCAAAAACGUUCGGAGACAACAUGGAACCGGUUUUAGUUUCAGCUGAUGUCAAAAAGAUACCUGAACAUGCCCUCAUCUUUGUACCAGUCUUACACGAAGCUCAUUUCUAUUGUGUAUGCUUUAAUUUAAGGGACAUGAAGGUAGAAGUUUUGGACAACAGCGCUAAGGAUGUCUCAAUGCAAGCGAAAUACAAAAAAAGGCCGGAAAAAUUGCGUGAUGCUUUAUCGGUGUACUUGGAAAAAAAAUGGGCAUCCGGCGGGCGGGGUGAUCGAUAA